UAAGCUGCAGAAUAAAGGGCGUCCGGAGAGUAUGUGGUUGUUGGUUACAGUGAGGCGAUGCUUUAGUGCGCCAGAUAGUUAGGAGCCGCGUCGCGCAUACCGCUGCACCUGGCACACAGACAGACAGUACAAAAGGAUAACAGGAUACAAAUUAUAGCGGAUGAUUUUCCCCGGACUCUUUCGCGUUUGAAAAAAACAACAACUUUUGCUAUCGACAACACGUGUGGAGGGUGGGGGGGACUUUACGCCGAAGAUGAGUGCCCGUGGAUACUUUGCCGUUUGGUGGAAGUCUAUGAGCCUGCUCUCUCUGAGGAUUCUGCUUCUUUUACCCACAGGACUGCCCGUCCACAGCCAGGGGGAUUCUCAAUCUGAUAACAAAGUCAUGGACAAUAUUACCGUGCGGCAAGGGGAAACCGUCUUCCUCAGGUGUCCUCAGGGUGACAUCGUCACACACACAGCCUGGCUGAACCGCUCCAGCAUACUGUACGCCGGGGAGGACAAGUGGUCCGUGGAUCCCCGGGUCAGCCUGGUCAUCCUGAACCAGGACGAGUUCACCAUCAAGAUCGUGGACGUGGACAUGACGGACGAGGGGCCGUACGUGUGCGCCGUGCAGACCAGCAGCCGGCCGCGCACCACCUCUGUGCACAUCCUCGUGCAAGUACCGCCAAAGAUCAUCAACCUGUCCAGAGACCUUGUGGUAAACGAAGGCUCCAAUGUCACCCUGAUGUGCCAAGCCAGCGGGAAACCGGAGCCCUCAAUAAGCUGGAAACUAAUCUCUCCUUCAGGAGACCUGGUGUCGGACGAUGAGUACCUGGAGAUCCAGGCCAUCCCUCGACACCGAGCAGGGACCUACGAGUGCACCGCCAUCAAUGAGAUCGAUGCCGACGUCCAGACCGUGGACAUCAGUGUCAACUAUGCUCCCAGUGUGUCAGAGGGCAGAGACAUUGGCGUGACUCUGGGCCAGAUAGGGGUGAUGGAGUGUGAGGCCGACGCGGUGCCAGAGGCGGACUUCGAGUGGUACAAAGACGACAGGAGGAUCUAUAAUGGCUUCGAGGGCAUGGAGAUUGAGACCAGCGACUCUCUGUCCAAGCUGACCUUUUUUAACGUUUCCGAGGGUGACUACGGUAACUACACCUGCAUCGCUCUCAACAAACUAGGGAGUGCAAACACAAGCUUUCUCUUGUAUGAGGUAAUUGAACCCACUAGCUCAACACUGUUGCAAGGGCCGAGAGCAGUUCAGGAUGGAAGCGGUGGAGUGCAGGGCAUGCACUCACCCACCUGUCUUCUGCUGCUCCUCAUAGCCAUGCUGCCGUUACUGCUCCGAAUCUGAACACCCGAUGGCUGAGGGAACACAGUGUGUUUUUGGCGUGUGUUUGCGGGUGUAUGUGUGUAUUUUCUUCCCUCUCAACUGGAAUAAUGAACUGCAUAAGGUAUCCCACCAUAUCAUCACGUUGACCGCCCCCCCCCCCCCGAGAAAAAAAAGAGGAAAAUAUUGUAUGUUUUUCUGUUCAUUUGAUCAAAUUAAGUACAGUAGUUCAGUUUUGGGGGAUGUAACACGUUUUACAAUUUUUAUGUUAUUAUAUUAUGUUAACAUGAUUUCUUCCCUAAAUUAUAAUACAAUGCCCUAUUGUUUUUGUUUUGAAGUUGAAAAAAAAACACUUAAAUAUGGUGAUUCCUAUUCAGAUGGUCUUAAGUAAAAAAAUGUGUUUUACAGGUAUUCAUUUAAAUGGAAAUGUAUAGCAAGUGCGAGAGGUUAACCACCAUCAAAGGUGAGAGUGGUUAAGUUGCCCAAUGGCAACUUCUAUUCUUGUCAUGUUUUUAUGUAUACAAAUUAUGAUUCUAACUGUUUGACAGAGCAUACUGUUUUUUUUUUUUUUUUCCUUGAGAUUCAUAGUGAUAUAUACUUUUAUUUGUGAUAUAUUUUAUGUGUAACAGAUACUUUAAGAUGGGGAAAAUGACUUAAGAUGUAAUUAUUUAGGGAAAUAGCCUAGUUUAAUUCUUUUUUU